GUAACAGGAACCAAAGGUGCCGCGUGGGUUUUCGUGGAAGCGGGAGGUUCGAAAUUACUGAGACUUAACUUCAACGGAAUGACUUCCAAUAUGCCCAGGACUCUGACCUCAGUUGUUCUCAACUCAGGAACGGAGAUUCCACUCUUGGGUUUGGGCACAUACAAGCUUCAGGGCCAUGGCCAGUUGUUCCAGUCCCUCAACGCUGCCCUUGACGCAGGAUAUCGUUCCUUCGACACAGCUGCAGUGUAUGGCAAUGAAGGUCAUCUAGGGCAAGUCAUCAGGGAACUGCUGCCAAAGCAUGGCCUCUUGCGUUCAGAUGUGUUCCUCAUCAGCAAGCUUGGACCAGCAGACCAUGGUCCCAGGGCUAGAGAGGGCUGCUUGAGAAGUCUGGAACAGUUAGGAUGUGAAUACAUUGACCUGUACCUUGUGCACUGGCCUGGGACUGUAGGUUUAGAGCCAAGUGAUCCCUUAAAUGCAGAGUAUCGAGUGCAGAACUGGACUGUACUGGAGGAAUUCCAUGCUAGUGGACAGUUUAAAGCUAUAGGAGUCUCCAACUACACUGCAGCGCACCUCAAGGAGCUGACUAGAAGUUGCAGAGUGCCCCCAGCAGUUGUGCAGAUGGAGUGCCACCCAAGGCUUGUCCAAAGGGAACUGAGGGACAUGUGCAAAGAGGCGGGCAUUCACUUCCAGGCCUAUUCGUCUCUCGGAAAGGGCGCGCUCUUAAAGGAGCCAGAGGUGAAGGCAGUGGCCGAGGGCUGUGUCCGGACCCCAGCUCAGGUACUCCUGAGGUGGGCAGUUCAGCAGGGUAUCUCUGUUCUACCUCGCUCUUCACAGCCACAAAGGGUGCAGGAGAAUGCCAGAGUAUUUGACUUUGAGCUGAGUGAAAAGGAAAUGGACAGACUAGGUGCCCUAAACAAUGGGAGGCGGUUUUGCACCAGAGAUUCAACAAAUAUCUCUUAACUUGAACAGUUUUUUUUUUUUUUUUUUUAAAUGCAUAUUAUUAUAAUAAUUGAAGUAAAUUAAGCUUUCCCAAGACAUUUCUCACGCAUUCAAAUGCACUUGGCCAGUGAAGGGAUUCUAAAUCUGAAAACCUUUCAGAUUUCUGCAUCUAGGAUACAUUAACAGCAAGUCAUUCAGAACUGGACCAUCGAGCUUAGACCUGUGCAGGUUGGGUGAAGUCAGCAGCUUAGAGGCAUAAUUGAUAUAAUAAUAAUAAGUAGUACUUUCUGGAUUAGAACUCUGUUUACUGAAUAUUUUAAAACCCUAGUGUUCUAGUUCUGGUUAAGUCAUUAUUAAUUUUAAUUAAUGCAAUUUGUACUGUGCAAUUUGAAAAAGAACGUGUGGCAUGUCUGAUGCCAUUUAGUUAAGUAAGCAAAUAAAUAAAAACAUUA